CUUCCCCGUAUGACAACAAUAACUAAAAUACAAACCAAUAAAUAAAUCCCGAAAACUAUUUUCUUCAAGUGUUUAAAUACAAAAUAAAUAAAAGAAAAUAAUAAAUAUUACGGGACGUCGCCGUACCGUAGCAAGAAAUUAAAAAGAAAAAAAAGAAAGAAAAGAGAGUUCUUUGUUUGUUUGUUUGUCUCAUAUAACAGAGAAAGUUCUGAUUGUGUUUCUCUUAUUGUUAGCAAAUCUCUCGAUCUCUCCAGUCUCUUCAACAGAGAGACUCUCUCUCUCUUAAUCUACACCUCUUCACAACAAUUCACUUCACGUAUUCCAAGUGUUGUGGAAAUGUUAUUCGGCGGCAAUUGUGAAGUCAAUUGGACAGCGAGUAUUGCGAUUCGGGUUUGAAAAUGUUUUCCGGCAGCGAAUUGUUGCCAAUUUUGGCGAAUUCAUUUUCUGUCUGUUGUAAAUAGACAUGAGUUAGGGUUUAAGCUGCUAUGCAAAUGUCUUUUGAACGUGUUACCAGCUCCAUUUGAGUCUAUUCGAUUAAGGCUGUUCUUUGUAGGAAUCAAAUGUAUUAGUGAAGUGAAACAGAAUGUUUACUUGUGAUUCUUGUUGUUGUUUUUGAUUUUUGUAUUCUGAUAAAUUUGAGUACUAAACAAAGAGGCAAAGUAAACAGAAGAGAACUGUAUUGGAUGGGUAAUAAGCUGGGAAGGAGGAGGCAAGUGGUGGAUGAGAGGUACACAAGACCGCAGGGGUUAUAUGUUCACAAAGAUGUGGAUGUUAAGAAGCUUAAGAAGCUAAUUCUUGACUCUAAGCUUGCUCCUUGCUAUCCUGGGGAUGAUGAUUGUUGCUGUGAUCUCGAAGAGUGCCCUAUAUGCUUCUUGUAUUAUCCAAGUCUCAACCGAUCAAGAUGUUGCAUGAAAGGCAUUUGUACAGAGUGUUUUUUGCAGAUGAAGAAUCCCAAUUCUAAUCGCCCUACUCAAUGUCCUUUUUGCAAAACCUCAAAUUAUGCUGUGGAGUAUCGAGGUGUGAAAACAAAGGAGGAAAAAGGCAUUGAGCAAAUUGAAGAACAACGUGUUAUAGAAGCAAAAAUUAGGAUGCGGCAGCAGGAACUUCACGAUGAGGAAGAGAGAAUGCAAAAAAGACAAGAAUUAAGUUCUUCAAGCACAAGUGUAGCACCAGGAGAGGUUGAAUACAGCUCAAUGGCCGUUUCAUCUUCUAGAUCUGUGGAACGUGAUGAAAUUGUAUCCUUCCAAGAUUCAUGUGCUGCUCCUAUUAUAAGACAGCCUUCACACCCGAGACAAAACAGAGAUGAUGAGUUUGACCUGGAUUUGGAAGAUAUAAUGGUCAUGGAAGCAAUCUGGCUUUCCAUUCAGGAGAAUGGCAGACAAAGACACCCUGCUUAUGAUGCUGCUCCAUCUGACCAAUAUGUUACAGAAGAUCGCUAUGUCUCAUCAACUGUGGCUCCAAUGGCUGGUACAUCAUCAUCCCCUUCUGGUGGUCUUGCUUGUGCAAUAGCUGCCCUUGCUGAGCGUCAGCAAACAAGUGGAGAAUCAUCUAUAAACCAUAAUGCAAAUCUUUCAGGAUUCGAUAUGCUUCCAGGUAGUAGCAGGUUCUACAAUAGGGUGGCCCGAGAUGCGGAGAACUAUCCUCCUGCAGAGAGCUCCAUCAACUCAUCGCCUGAUGGCAGAGUGGAAGCGGCUAGAGAUGAAGGCGAAUGGGGAGUAGAUCGUGGAUCAGAAGUGGCCGAAGCAGGUACCAGCUAUGCAAGCUCUGAUGUCGUAGAAGACGGAGUUGGAAUUUCAGGAAUGCCCACAUCUGAUGAGAUUGGAGGCAACUUUCAAAAUGUCCCAGGACCUGUUGUUCCCGAGAGUUUUGAGGAGCAGAUGAUGCUGGCCAUGGCUGUUUCUCUAGCUGAGGCUGGAUCUGUAACAAGUGGACCAGGAGUUUCAUGGCAAUAGUUGUCAGUGGUGGGUUUUCUCGAACGGAUGAUGCUGGCAGAGUCUGGAGCUAGGACCAGUGCACAUUGCAUUGCAUUGCUUGCAGCUAGUUCAAAGUUUAAGGUAGUUAUGAUUCCCUCUCCUCACACUCUAUUUCUUCAUAUAUAAAUGUUAAAAAAAGGAAAGACGGCAGAUUAUUUGAAUGAAUGAAAGGUUGGUUGGUUGGCUAUGGUAUUCUUUGAGUUAGAAUGAUUUGUUUGAUUUCCAUUUGAUAAAAAAUCCCAUGGAAAAGAUGCCUGUCAGUUGUGAUAAAGGGCAUAAAUUUGUCAUUAUAAACUGAAACCAUUAUGAAACGCAGUCUGUUUCCUACUGUGAAUAGCAAUUUUGAGUCAUCUUAUUCC